UUUAUUGAUAAAAGUAUAAUUCUACUAGAGAAAAUUCUACAAAGUCCUCAUCGAUCCGUAAAUACGAUUCAUAUUACAUAGUACCAUGUGAAUUAUUUAGUUAACGCUUUUUAUCUGAUCUAUCCAUAAUUUAUCACAAGAUUGAGACUUAUUAAUUCAAUCUGUUAUAAACUUUGAUUCGACAUGGUCGGGAACGAAGAGGAAAAUAUCAAAGAGAAGUUCUCUUAUAUGCAUGAAAUUAUGCCGGAUUUUCAAAAACGUACAAGAUUGAUGUUUAAAAAUGUUCGGUCUGUCCCAGAAGAAUCAGCUACGCAUGUCGGCACGGAUGUAAUGACUACAAAAUCAUUAAUGGGUCAGUACUUCGUUGAAUUUGCUAACAACUCAAGUAUUCAUGGAUUUAAUCAUCUGGUAGCACGUCACAGACAUCCGUUAGAAAGGUUCCUUGUAGCCAUAUUUAUAUUAACUGCUCUUGCAAGUUUAAUUUUUGUUUCCAUAAUUUCUUGGUACCGAUACCAAUACGAUGCUAUCUCAAUAUACUGGAAUCAUGAGUAUAAACUCUUCAGGCUUGCUAAACCGUCGUUUAUUAUAUGCCCGCUAAAUGUAAUCCAGGAUUCGAGCUUCCCUGAAACUUUUAAACGUUAUGGCAUCGAAGACACACCAAAGGCUCGAGCGUUCUUUCAUUUUUUAUCUAAUGCUACUUAUGAAACUAUGAUCGACACACCUGAUUACGAUGAUGCACCGCCAGGACUAUGGCUUAGAAUUUUGUCAGAUUUGAAGAAGGAAUUUUUUUAUGAAACAACUUUUAUUGAUAAAGGAAUAUGGAUCGCUACAGAAAAUGGUAUAUGUCUUUCUAUAGGGAACUUAGUUCUUCAAUAUGCCAGUUUGCAAGAUUUGUUAUCUAACAAUUGGACCGUAAUACCUCUACCUAAAUAUCCUCCAGAUCCUCAAGAUUUUGAAAUGGAUAAUAAAGACAUGAAUGAUUCUAAUUAUAUACCAUCAUAUACUUACAAUGAAGAUCAUGGAAAAAUAGAAUUAGUGACAACUGAUGCUGAAGUAACGCUUAGCAUACUUGAUCCAAUGGAUUCGUACAACUAUGAAUUCGCAAAAACUAGACAUCAUUUACAAAUUCUUGAAAUACAAACGGUUGUUCUUCGAAUCCUGCAAGCAGACAGUACAAAAAGUAUAUAUAAACUUCCAAUACAUCGAAGAAAAUGCGGAUUCCCUUCGGACAAUGGAUUGGAAUUGUGGCCAAUAUAUACAUACCAAAUGUGUAUGACCGAAUGUAGAUCCCGUAUAAUUAGAAAAAAAUGCGGCUGUUAUCCUCAUUUUUUAAGACGUAUAUGUAAAGAUUUUUAUCAUUCUGAUGUUCCUAUCUGUAAUGCUGCACAAUUGCGUUGUAUCGGAAGAAUACAGCGAUCGGAAUUACUUAAUGUUAAAACAUCUUCUUGUAAUUGCCUCGUUAAUUGCAACCAAGUCUCCUAUUUAUCGGAGGAAAUUAAAAUAACGAGAUUCAAAAACGUAUUUCCCUUGAACACCACAAGUUUCAAAAUGACAAUCAGUUUUUCGAAAAACAAAUUUAAACGUAAGGAAUGGUACACUUUUGGAGACUUCCUAACAUCUAUUGGUGGAGCUGCUGGUUUAUUCCUCGGUUGCAGCGUAUUAUCCUUCGUUGAAAUAUUAUAUUAUGGGACUUUACAUUUGUACAUUUAUAUGCAAUACCAUAAACCAAACAAAACCUAA